UUCCAGUAUAAAACUCCCAGCCAGGAGGAAUUCAUUUGAAGGUUUUAAGAAAGUCAGUGUACACUUAAGAGGUUGUUGUUGGGCCAACGGGUGACUGAUGCGUAAGGGUCAUGCGCAUAAUCCAAAAUAGAUAAAAGUUUCACCACCGGUACAGACAGAAGUAGUCCAGUUCUUCUUUUUGUAUUCAAAGGAAAAAGUUUUGGCUGAAAGUUGUUUGGUGCAUAUAGCAGAACUUUAACUGGUUUUGAACUGAGUUGGACAUGGCAGAGGGAGACUUCUACACUAUGGGGAACCGGCAGAGGUUUCCCAGGGAUCCGUUUGGAGAAUCACCGUUCAGAGAGCAGUCUCCGUUCAGGGACCAGCUCGCAUCGCGGUUUAUGGAGGAUGACUUUGGGAUGCCACCUUUCCCCGAUGAUCUGGCAAUGGACUGGCCGGGCUGGGCUCGGCCGGGCCGGCUUAGCACACGCCUCAGUUCCUCGCCCUUCAGCAGCACUUUACGCACAGGUUUCCCCCCGCGUCAGUCCACGGGAGGCCCCACGCUGUACACCAGCAGGUACGGCGAGCCCUCCUCCCGGAGCUCACCCAUCACCACCGGGGGGGAGCCCUGGAAGGUUUGCGUGAACGUCCACAGCUUCAAACCAGAGGAAUUAAACGUCAAAACGAGAGACGGAUUUGUAGAAGUGUCAGGAAAGCAUGAAGAGAAGCAAGAAGAAGGAGGCAUAGUGACAAAGAAUUUCACAAAGAAGAUACAGAUACCGACAGACGUGGACCCCCUGACCGUUUUCGCCUCCUUGUCCCCUGAGGGCGUCCUCAUCAUAGAAGCUCGGCAGACGCCUCCAUAUUACCUCUUCAGCAACGAGGGCUCCCAUGCUGGCGACACACUGGAAGUGGAGGCCCCAAAGCCCCAAGAGGCCCCUACGGUCUAAACCCCCACCUCCCAACUAACAUAACAGAUCAUAUUACACAAUUGAUUACAAGUUUGAUAUGAAAUGCGUGGCCUUCAGCUUCAUGUUUUUAGACACCUGGAAUUAAAAUGUCUAAGGAAAUAGGUGUGUCGUUAUUAAAGCUACACAAGGCUAAACUGUUAUGUACACAAGGAGAAUAGUGAAGAGCCUCCUCUCCCUACUGACGGAGAUGCUAUAGAUUUUCCCCAAUGCCCAAAUGAAAUUCUGGUAUCACUUCUCUUUCAUGUUAAAUGUGAAUCCAGAAACCAAAGUUGUUUAUUUUCACUUUUGUCCCCACAGUGUCCUUUAUUACAAAAUGAUUACAGACCAGCUGAUUUGAUAAACAUAAUCUGAUGUUCCAUUUAUUAAUUCCUGGUUGUUCCAGUUUGUGCGUCUCAUGUAUUACCACUACAUUGUAGUGACUGAUUUUAUACCAGGCGAUAUUUCUUGUGAUUUAACAACUCUUACUGCUGUUCUGAAGGUAUUCACAGAAUCCUCAAAGACACUUUGGACCAUUUAAUGCUAGGGGACUGAAGAUCAAUAAUAUUCACGCAGCUGCAGUUUAUAGAGCCCUUGGUGUGUUUACUUGACUUGUUCAGCUUAAAUAUCAUAUAGGUGCAUCCUGUGGUUAAGCAAGAUCUGUUGGGCCACUGAUACAUUAUAAGUCAUAGCAUUCUCAAUAACCAGUUAGCUGAUACGACAGAAGUAUGUAUGUGAACGUUGAUCAAGAAUCAAAUUAAUAUUUGUAUUUAUAUUAACAAGCAAUUCAUUUAGUGGAACAGUAUUUCCAUCAAACGUUAUUGUAUGAUUUAUUUGGAUUUUUAAAAAUGACAAAUGUGCCUUUAUCUACUUGUGUGCCUUGACUUCCUUCAGUUCCACAGUUGUUUAUCUUUUGAGUUAAUGAAUGUCACUUAAACUGACAAGAAACGAAAGUAAGUUACCGUUUGUGGCUUCAUUAGAGGGUGAAUUGUGUGCAUUAAUACUGUAUUCUACCAAAGUGUAUGUAAAUAUACUUUAAUAUGUGCCAAUUCAUUAUAAAUAUAAAUCUGAAGUGUUCCAGGUUUUGCAAUAUGGUUUGCAUUUUUCUUUUCUAUUUGAGCAUUCAGGAAGGUGGCUGCAUGAUUGUCGGAGCGGACAGACUGACUUGUAUGGCAAAGACGUUUGUUUCCUGCCUUCUUUUCUGUUGAUGUCUUUGUAUUGGCUGAUGCAAUAAAAGUGUCCAGCCAAUCUCCCAA